AUGACAACAACAACAAAAUCAUCAUCAUCAACAUCGGAAGAACGGAGAUCCAAUCCAAUGGCCACCAUCACACCUCGAGACCCCAAAACCAUAGUCUGGACAACCCCCGCUCUACUAGAAAACAUCCUCCUAAACCUCCCGACACCAACCCUCCUCCUAGCCCAACGCACCUCGCGCGCCUUCUCCACAACAACAACCUCCCACGCGACCCUCCAAAAGAAACUCUUCCUAACUCCCAUAACAAACCCCCAAGACCUUCUAACCUGCCACAUGAUCACCUCGACUUCGACUUUCAUCAUCAUUCCCUCCCACGCCACUCCGCCUCUCAUCCCCGCAGAACACCAUCUCCUAAACCCGCUCUUCCCACACACAUCAGCUACAGAAACCACCACGACGGUUCGCAGCGCGAGUGAUUUGCGCAAAGGACCCACGGAGUUACGGCUGGAGGAAUGUGUGAAUUUACAGUUGCCGAGGGUGGGAGAGUUUCGGAAAGUUGUGAGGACGGGGAGGAGGUUUGUUUCUUCUUCUUCUUCUGCAUCAUCAUCUUCAGCAUCGUCAUCUUCGGGAAUGGKAAAGGAGGGGAUGAGACCGAGUUGGGAGAGGAUGUUGAUUAGCCAGCCACCGGCUUUGAAGGCUUAUCCGCGCGGUUGGGAUAAUCCCAUGUAUGGAGGACGGGUGAGCGAGAUUUGUCGUUUGACGCCUCGGGGCAAGGAUGGAGGGAUGUUUGUUAUGGUUGGGGGGAAUUUGGUGGGAGCGGGAGAGUUUCUGGGGUGUUGGGAGAGGGUGAAUAAAGAGCGGGAGGAGAGGGAGUGGAGGGUUUGGUUGGAGAGUUUGGAGAGUGGAGAGGAGGGUGGUGGUGGUGGGAUGGAGGUGGAGGUGGAUGUGGAUUUGCAGGACAUGCUGGAGUUGGUGAUGCCGAGUGCCAGGGCGAUGGAUGGGGAGAGUAGCGAGGAUGAGAAUGAGUAUCUGUGGCAUCUGGAUUCCUUGGAUGCACCAUUGGCGGACGCUGAGAACCUCCCUCGUCAGGCGCAUGUCGAGGAUGCAGAAGUUACCACCGAGGAGGUAUGGAUGGAUGAUGAUGAUCACGACAUCCUGGAUGGGUUCCUGCUGGAUCCUCAAGAGGAUGAGGUAUUUCAGGGACUUUAUGAUGAGACUAUGGAAAGAUGCUUGGCGGAGCACAAGGAGAUGAUGGCUACGAUGGAGAGUUGUGAAGGAGGUAGGGAACAAGAGGGAGAGCAAGACAUGGAGAUUUUACGGGUUACACCUUCUCCUCCUCGAGGUCGUCGCUCGGGGGAUGAUGUGAGGCAGAGUCCAUUUCUUCCGAGUAAGAGGUUUCGAGCUUCCAGGGAAUGA